AUGGAUAAAAUGAUACAGCAACCACGCCCGCGGGGCCCUCCAACGCCUAGUAUGAGUACUCCUGCUCCCGACUUCGACCAACAACUCACAGGAUCUCCACCACCGCCUCCUACACCAGCAGCAUCGCCAGGUCCGACAGAUGCGCAACCCGACUGGAGCGAUGCCGCCGACGACGAAGAUUUCUUCCUUUCACACGUCCGCCAACAUUUCAAGAACUGUCCUGGACCACAGAGGAAUCGGAUUCUCGCCGAUCUACUGAAUAUGUGUACGACACAACAACUGAGCUUUGUUCAUCAGUUUGUCAGCCCUCUAUUGAAGAAAGAUCCUUUCACAAGUCUACCAGAUGAACUAUGCUUGAGGAUAUUGUCGUUCAUAGACGACCCACAGGUACUUGCGCGAGCGUCGCAAGUGUCCAGGAGAUGGAGGGAUCUUCUGAGUGACGAUGUGACAUGGAAGAACCUAUGCGUUAAGCAUGAUUACGGUCGUCGACUUUCCGAAGUUUCUGGACUACCACAAUUCGCAUCGACGAGACCCGGUGCUUUACCUCUUUCCGAUCCUGAAUACACCCAUAGCUUUCCAGGCGCUCUUCCUGGCCCUUCCGCAUUUCACGCAUCUACUCGCAGCUUUGAUAGCUUUUCAGAAAGCUCAUCAUCCGCUGGACGACCUAAACUACGGUCGUAUAAGUCGCACUUCAAACAAAGAUACCUUGUUGAAUCCGCAUGGAGGACUGGUGGACGUAAUACUACAAGAACUAUAACUCAAGAUGGCAGAGUCGUGACUAGCCUACACUUAACCCCGAAGUAUAUAGUCGUCGCACUUGAUAAUGCGAGGAUACAUAUCUUCGAUCGGGAGGGCAAUGCGCUUCGCACUCUCCAGGGUCACAUUAUGGGUGUUUGGGCUAUGGUCCCCUGGGAAGACAUUCUAGUCAGCGGUGGAUGUGAUCGCGAUGUGCGAGUCUGGGAUAUGACUUCAGGAAAAUGCCUAUUCACUCUCCGAGGUCAUACAUCGACUGUUCGUUGCCUUAAAAUGUCGGACGCGAACACGGCGAUAUCUGGAUCGCGCGAUACCACUCUAAGAGUUUGGGAUAUUAGGCAAGGAGUCUGCAGGAAUGUCCUUGUCGGGCAUCAAGCCAGCGUUAGGUGCCUAGAAAUAAAAGGAGACAUUGUUGUCUCUGGCAGCUACGACUCAUCGGCGAAGAUAUGGAGUAUAUCUGAAGGCAGAUGUCUGCACACUCUUAGCGGUCAUUUCAGCCAGAUAUAUGCCAUCGCGUUUGAUGGCAACAGAGUUGUCACUGGAAGUCUCGACACCAGCGUCCGUGUCUGGGAUGCCCACACAGGUGAGCCCGUCGCUGUUCUUCAGGGCCAUACUUCCCUAGUCGGUCAAUUACAAUUACGCGGUAACACACUUGUCACAGGUGGUUCGGACGGUUCAGUUAGAGUUUGGUCUCUUGAGAAGAUGUGUCCGAUUCACCGACUAGCAGCGCACGAUAAUAGUGUCACGAGCCUUCAGUUCGACGAUACACGGGUCGUAAGCGGUGGUAGUGACGGCAGGGUCAAGGUCUGGGAUGUGAAGACGGGUCAUCUUGUCCGUGAACUAAUCACAGCCGAGUCCGUCUGGAGAGUGGUUUUUGAGGAUGAAAAAUGCGUGGCAGUUGCUAAUAGGGGAAGCAGAGUCAUGAUGGAGGUUUGGUCAUUCUCACCUCCUGAAGACGCAUUUUGCGAAAGGCCACUUUCGUUACCUCAGAAACUCGCUGAGCCAUCGCCAACGCGGCCUCUAACGGGCGAUUUCCGUCGAUCAACCUUAGGCCUUCCCUGUUCCGAGGAUGAUCCAAGCAGUAGAGAUGUGGAUAUGAGCGAUGCGGGCCCAUCAACUGCGCCUCUAGUGGGAAACACAACAUUCUUCCACGACGAUUAA